AUGCAAAGCUCAAUAGUGAUUGCUGGAUCUGGGGUGAUAGGACUAGAUGUUGCUCUCAUCCUUGCAGAGAAUGGAUAUGGAAAUUAUACAACCAUCGUCGCGCAACAUUUGCCGGGAGAUACCUCUAUCGAGUACACCUCACCAUGGGCGGGCGCAAAUUUUUCUGCAAUAUCUGGAGCUGAUACAAAUGCUCUAAUCUGGGAUAAGGCGGGGUAUAAACGCCUCAUGAAGCUUGCAACUACAGAUGGACCCGCUGCUGCUAUCAAGAAGACGCAAUCAUUCGAAUUCUGGGAUGAAAGGCCUGCUGAGCAAAAGCUCAAGUCGCUUGCAGACUACUUAGAAGAUUUCACAGUACUGCCCUCGCACAAACUCAUAACAGGUGUCCAGUUUGGCAUCUCUUUUACUACAGUAACUAUCAAUGCUCCCAAACACAUCCAAUAUCUCAGGAGUCAGGUUGAAGCACGUGGUGUCAAGUUCCUUCGGCGAAAGCUAGAGCAUCUAGAUUCCGCUUUUCUGAGUGAAAAUACGAAGGUUGUGUUCAACUGCAUUGGGAACGGCGCGCGGCAUUUACCUGGUGUUGAGGACAAGAAGUGCUUCCCUGUAAGAGGUCAAAUUUUGCUUGCAAAAGCACCGCAGAUCAACACAAACAUCAUGCGCCAUGGCAAGGAUUAUGAGACCUAUAUCAUUCCAAGGCCUUUUUCAAAUGGCAAUGUGGUCCUUGGAGGAUACAUGCAAAAGGGCAACGGUAACGGUGAUACAUUUUCCCACGAGGCGGAUUCCAUCUGGAAACGAACGACAAUGUUGGAGCCAUCUUUGGAUGUGCCCGAGACAGAGAUCCUGGCCACAUUCGCAGGUCUCAGACCUGGACGUUCAGGAGGAGCACGCAUCGAAAAAGAAGCUCGCUCUGAUGGCCGAAUCGUUGUGCAUAAUUACGGGGCGGGUGGAACAGGCUACCAGGCUGGCUUUGGUAUGGCAGUAGAAGCUGUGGAGAUAGCCCUUCCGUUUCUUAACGAUAUGAUAUGUGGCCCAAAUCGUAUUUCUGGAACAAAACUAUAG